AUGACGGAGGGAGCGCACCGUCUCCUCCAGGAGCGCAUGAGCCUCUCUCUCUCUGGAUACCGGGACGCACACUUGGAUAUGGCGGGUGUGAGGGCGAUCGACCUUCUCCUGGGAGUUGUUGUAGUUUUGCAGUGCGUGGGGAACGUCCGAGCCCAGAUCCCUGCAGCCGCGGACGGUGUCUUUUACUCGUAUGUGGAGGGGCUGGGGGGGGACGAGGACGCAGCGGCCGACGUGAAGCUGUACAGCCACAGGUGGAGGAGACGGGUUCCCAUGAAACCCCGGAACAUGGACACUAACCGGGCCAGUCAGGAGCAGGACCAAGGCCAGGACCAGGACCCGGACCCGGAGCAGGAGGAGCCUGAGGGGUUCCCAGGCCUGCUCUCCACAGAGGAGAGAGACAACAGCUCCCAGAUCGAGGAGGACACAGAUCACAACUACUACACAUCCAAAGCGUGGGGGCCGUCCGAGGCGAUGAGCAAAGACUUGUGGGUGGACGUCGACCACAUGGACAAGGAGAAAGUGAAGAUCCACAGCAUCCUGUCCAACACACACAGACAAGCGGCGAGAGUCAAUCUGUCCUUCGAUUUCCCUUUUUAUGGACAUUUCCUGCGUGAAAUCACCGUGGCAACUGGUGGUUUCAUCUACACGGGCGACGUGGUCCAUCGGAUGCUGACGGCCACUCAGUACAUCGCUCCCCUCAUGGCCAACUUCGACCCGAGCGUCUCCAGGAACUCUACCGUCAUCUACUUUGACAACGGAACUGCUCUGGUGGUGCAGUGGGAUCACGUUCACCUACAGGACAACUACCACCUGGGGAGCUUCACCUUCCAGGCCACGCUGCACAACACCGGCAGGAUCGUGUUUGCAUACAAAGAGAUUCCCAUUGAGGUGGCAACGAUCAGCUCUGUGAAUCACCCGGUGAAGGUGGGCCUGUCCGACGCCUUCGUGGUCGUCCACAAGAUCCAACAGAUCCCCAACGUGAGGAGGAGGACGAUCUACGAGUACCACCGCGUGGAGCUGACGAAGACCAAGAUCACUAAUUCUACCGCUGUAGAAAUGAUGCCGUUACCCACCUGCCUCCAGUUCACCAGCUGCAGCUCCUGCAUCUCCUCCCAGAUCAACUUCAACUGCAGCUGGUGUCAUCGCCUCAACAGAUGUUCCAGUGGCUUCGACCGCCAUCGGCAGGACUGGGUGGACAACAGCUGUCCAGAUGAGACCAAGGACAAGAUGUGCGACAUCAUCGACACGACGCUCCUCUACCCCUUCACCACCCCCGCUGUCGCCAAAACAACGACCAGGAGCAGCGAGACCACUACAGGCCGGGACCGACCCUCCACCACCCCACCUCCCACCAGUGUCCCCACCGAAGAUGAUACGAAGAUCGCUCUGCAUCUCCGAGACAACCAGGCUCUCAUUUCUGAGAGUGCUGUGGGCAGGAAGCCUGGCACACACCCUCUGCACACCGGCCUGAUCCUCGGUAUCCUGCUGGUGAUGCUCGUCAUGAUUGCUGGUGUCCUGAUCACCGUCUACAUCUACCAUCACCCCACCUCCGCCGCCAGCCUCUUCCUCAUCGAGAGACGCCCGAGCAGGUGGCCGGCCAUGAAGUUCCGCCGGGGGUCAGGUCACCCGGCCUACGCGGAGGUGGAGCCAGUGGGCGGCCAGGAGAAGGACGGCUUCAUCGUGUCCGAGCAGUGCUGA